AAAUGAGACAGACAUAAUAGAGCCUUAUCAUAGUUAAUGUUUUGGUGUAGUGGUCAGGAGGAACAGCAGAGGUCACUGCGCUCCUCUCGGAAAACACCUGUCUUAAAAGUAAACGCAAUGCACACAAUAAUGGAAAGUUCUAUUCAGUAUAAUUAACAUGGUUAUGUUUAUCAUAAAGUAUCACAAUUUUUCCAACAGUUUACUUACUAAAACAUGAAAAGGUGUUGAAAAGAUGUUCUAUAUCAACAUGUCUUUGACCUCGUACGCGUGCGUGUGUCAGGGCUUGAGGCCGGAGAGGUGGGGCUCGUGCUGACCUACGCCGUGACGCUGAAACUUCCAGCGGACCGUGAGGCAGAGCGCUGAGGUGGAGAACAUGGGCAUCGCUCUCAAAACGAACAGCGUCAACCACUGCAUCUUGGCCUGUGUCACGAUUCACGGACAAGGUACAACUGGCCUGCUGUUCCUGUUUGGUCUUCUCCAUCGCUAUACAUACCACGCGCCUGAAAAGAAUAAACAAGGGUAGAGCGAGGGAGGAUGUGAUGGGCUGGGACAGAUGUGUUACAGAAGAUGCGGAAGUGCGACUCCCCAAUCGGAAGCAAGAACGAAGCUGCUGCCGUGCCCUGGCCAAGACAGUCAUCCAGCUCCUCCUGCUUUCAUGGUCCUGACGCAGUUGAGUGUGAUGUUCAGAGAGGGCCAUCUCCAACUAACUCCCAGUGCACUGUGCCCAGGUUACGGGUGACCCCAGGGCAGCGGCGAUGGGCCUCCCGUUUACCCAUGAACACUGUGGUCCUGUUCGUGCCACAGCAGGAGGCCUGGGUGAUCGAGAGGAUGGGUCGCUUUCACCGGAUCUUGGAGCCGGGACUGAACUUUCUCAUUCCCAUACUUGACCGAAUUCGUUAUGUGCAAAGCCUUAAAGAGAUUGUUAUUGACAUCCCGGAACAGUCCGCUGUAUCCUUAGAUAAUGUGACGCUGCAAAUUGAUGGCGUUCUCUAUUUGAGAAUCUUACAUCCUUUUAAGGCUAGUUAUGGUGUAGAGGAUCCAGAAUAUGCUGUCACUCAGCUUGCACAAACCACAAUGCGUUCUGAACUGGGCAAACUCACACUGGAUAAAGUGUUCAGGGAAAGGGAGUCUCUUAAUUCCAACAUUGUCCACUCCAUCAACCAGGCGUCGGACGAGUGGGGAAUCCGCUGCCUGCGUUAUGAAAUCAAAGAUAUACAAGUUCCGCCUCGUGUUAAAGAAUCAAUGCAGAUGCAGGUGGAGGCUGAGCGUAGGAAGAGAGCCACAGUGUUGGAGUCUGAGGGGACACGGGAAGCGGCCAUCAACGUCGCAGAGGGUUGCAAGCAAUCCCAAAUCCUAGCUUCAGAGGGAGAGAAGGCAGAGCAGAUAAACAAAGCGGCUGGUGAGGCCCAAGCUAUCUUAGCCAAAGCAGAAGCCAAAUCCAAGGCCAUUCGUCUGUUGUCAGCAGCUCUGGCUGAACAGAACGGAAAUGCCGCGGCCUCACUGAGUGUCGCCGAACAGUACGUCUCUGCGUUCUCCGACCUCGCCAAAGUGUCCAACACUGUGCUCCUGCCCUCCGACACCGGUGACGUGAGUGGAAUGGUCACACAGGCCAUGACUAUUUACAGCACGCUAUCCAAGCCGACGUUAAAAGUUGAAAGCAUAAAGACCAAGACGGACGAACCCAGCGCAGAGCCUCCGGUCCAGGCCACGUCAGCGCAGUAACAGGGGACACCGUGACCGCACUAAACUGUAGUAGACACAAAAAGGAGGAAGCUGUUUUCCACAAUUAUGGAGCACAGUGGCUCGGCCAGUGCAAAGGGCGCUCUAACUGCUUCAGGGCACACACGGGAUGUCAAGACUGAAAAACAGCACUUGCUGAACAGAGACGAUGCCGAGCAAGGACGGCUGGGAAAAGAGAGACACUGAACCGUAAAUCAUGUUACCUUUGUUGGUCAGGUGUUGUACCUGAACUAAUUUCACUAUGCUGUGAAUAGUAUCUGUGAUAAGGACGCAUACUCUGCCAGUAUAUUGUGUUAAUGGUGCACAGACAAAAACAAAAGAAACGGCAGCUUCUUAAUUACCUCAUCACUGCUGAAUAGACAGAGUGGCUGUGUGAUUAUAUGCAGAUGUGACUGAACAUUUUAGUCCUCAGUUAAGCUUCUAACACGACUCAUUUCUGUGUUGUCACUCAGCCUGAUUUCCUAUGAUCGGAAUAUCAUUUAUUAUUUCAAAUGCAGUUAUUUUUUUAUUUAUUUGCAUUUUCUAUAUUAUUUAUAUCUCAAGAGAUUAAAUGGCUUUUGGAUUUAGUUCAAAACUUUAACGCACUUAAAAAAAGCCUUAAGAAGAUAUAUUGAAUAUAUUUUUUGGAGAUGUUGGGGUGGUGUGUCAGCAUUAAGAAAAAAGACUGAAAUAAAAGUGUCUAUUGUA